UUCUCCAGAAAAGAUGACAUUGGCAUCAAGAACAUUUUGUUCGCGUUUCGUUUUGACGACAUACAUUGUCUAUUUUAUGGUUGGAGUGACUGCCCAUCUAUCGGCUUUGUUGUCUCUGAACAAAGCUCAUAAAGGACCAUCUUUUGAAGGCAAUGCUACAUGCUACGACUUCUUGCCGUACUUUUUCUUAAUUCCUUUCGACUCUGAAAGCACAAGAGGCUGCAAAAAUGCUCUCAUUUUCAUGGACCUAGGACUGGGAGUGCUCGGAUCUUAUGUAGCAUCUUGCGAUACCCUAUUCUGUAUUCUUCUCGUAAGCAUGAAAACAAAUUUGAAGAUUUUGAGUGAAGCAACACGGAGUAUAAGAAACAGAACCCUCGUGAAAAUGGGUCUACCGGUAGAUUUCAAAGUACUCAGAGAUGAAGAUUUUCCUCAGUAUGAGCAAGCAUUGUACAGUGAGUUGAAAAAGUGCAACUUGCAUCUAGCAACUCUUAUAAGAAUCAACGAGGAUAUCGAACGCAUUUUCAGUCUGGUGAUAUUACUUCAAACUGUAACAUUAGUUUUUAUGAUGGCAUCCAAUAUAUUCAUAGCAUCUCUGCUUUCAUUUUCUGAUCCGGAAAUGUACUCCUUGAUAGAAAAUUGCUUAGCUGCUCUUAUACAACUGUCUAUGUCAUGCUAUUUCGGAAGCAGCAUUACUGAAGCGAGUUUAUCCUAUAGAAGAAGUCUAUAUGAAUGUGACUGGUAUUCUGGCAGUAAAAGGUUCAAAAUAUGCAUUCUAAUCAUGAUGGUUCGACUUGAGAAGCCGCUUCAUCUCACUGCCGGCAAAUUUUUCCCACUUACAUUGAGAACAGUAAUUUCCGUGAUAAAAGGAUCGUAUUCAUAUGCAGCGAUGUACAGAACAGUUGGAUGAGUCGUUUGAAGAUAAGACUAUUGAAGCUGAUGUUUAGUGUUAAGAAGUCAAAAAACCUGCGACGGUUGUUGAUAUUCCCAGAUUAUAUUGUUGAUAAAGACCUGUGUUUGUUGUAUA